ACUUUCUAUAACUCUCUUUCUCUCUCUACCUCCCUCUUGCGUAGCCCGUGCUUUCUCUCUCUUGUUCUCGAGGCGCCUCUUAUCUCUUUGCCGGCCUUCGAUCUUCUCUCUCUACUCUGCGCGUAUUGCCUCUCGAUCCAUCAAUUUUAUGACUGCAGGACAACCAUGAGUGACGAAGGGGAAAGAACUUGCCCUCUUUGCACUGAGGAAAUGGACUUGACCGAUCAGCAAUUGAAGCCAUGCCAAUGUGGUUAUGAGAUUUGUGUUUGGUGCUGGCAUCACAUAAUGGACAUGGCAGAGAAGGAUGAUACUGAGGGCCGGUGUCCAGCUUGUCGCACACCUUAUGACAAGGAAAAAAUUGUAGGAAUGACAGUGAACUGUGAAAGGAUGACAGAACUUAAUCAUGAGAGGAAACAGAAGUCACAGAAGGCGAAGUCAAAAAAUUUAGAAGGGAGGAAGCAUCUAAGCAAUGUUAGAGUGAUUCAGCGGAACUUAGUGUACAUAGUUGGUGUGCCUAAUAAUUUGGCAGAUGAAGAGAUUCUCGAGCGCAAGGAGUAUUUUGGACAGUAUGGGAAGGUUCUCAAGGUCUCCAUUACUCGGCCUGCUGGGGGCAGUCAGUAUUCUCUUAACAAUACCUGUAGUGUAUAUAUUACGUAUGCAAAAGAGGAGGAAGCUGUUCGGUGUAUCCAAGCAGUACAUGGUUUUAUAUUGGAUGGGAAGCCAUUGAAGGCAUGUUAUGGUACCACAAAGUAUUGCCAUGCGUGGUUAAGAAAUAUGCCUUGUAACAAUCCAGAUUGUUUGUACUUGCAUGAUAUUGGAACACAAGAAGAUAGCUUCACAAAAGAUGAGAUGGUUUCAAAUUGUGCAAGAAGUCAGCAACUUCCUAGUGUUUCAAAUCAUUUGCAACGGCGUUCUGGAAGUGUUUUGCCUCCACCGUUGGAUGAUUUCUGCUGCAAUCCUAUGGCUACUUCUGGAAAACCGUUGGUCAAGCCUACUGGUCAUACUCCUGUUAGCCACGCUAAAGUUUCCCUCUCUAAUGGUAGUGCGGCAAAAUCAAGUGUUCUCCCAGCUGCUGCCUCUUGGGGCUUGCGUGUUGUGCAAGGAAGAGCAGCAGCUCAGGUGCCUGUGAAGCUAAAGCCAAGCAUAUGUAAUGGCCCCUCCGGGGUUGCAACAUCAUCGGUAUCAGCAGUGCAUGCAGAUCAAGGGGACACCCCUAUUUCUAGUUCAGAAUCUCAAGCAAUGCAAUCAAACAGUAUUUUGGGGUCUUUUGAAUCUUCUAAAGAACAUAUUCUCAGAAGUUACCAAACAUGUGUUUUUGAUGUUGCUGUGGAGGCUGCUUCGGACGCACUUUCAGAUCCUACCACUUCUAAGCUUUCCCCUCAUUCUUUUUCUUUGCAAGACAAGACCGGGUUCACAAAGUUGCAGGCUUCUAGAGACAAUGAAGACAUUGAGAGAGAGUCAUAUGGCUCAAGUCCUGAUGCAGCUGUUAAUGGAUGUUCAGCUAUGGAGGGACACAUGCAAAAGUUAUGCUACGGAAUGUCCUCGAGGAAUCUCAAGGCAUGUGUUGGAAGUGAAAAGGCUGAUGUUGGCAAUAGUGUUAAUUCAGUUUCAGUUUAUGAUUAUCUUUGCUCUACCACCCAAACACCAGAAAUUCAAGUUGAUGAUACUCAACAGGAUAUUUCUAGAAAUGAUUUUGAGGAUUUGUCCUCUGAACCAUUGCGGCAUGAUGCCAAAAUAUCUAAAGGUCUAUGUUUUGUUGAGGAGUCAUCUGAAAAGUGUGCAGAUUUUUAUGGGCAGUCUUCACUGGGUAAUGAAAUGGAUAAUGAUUUCCAAGCUGAUGGUGCUCAUGGGUUUCUGAACUCAGAAGCUUCUUCUAGUUUGACAUAUUUUCCUUCUUCAUUCAGUCAACUGACUGCUGCAAAUCAUUCUACUUCUGGAUACUGGGGCCCUAGUACCUUGAGUGCUAUUUGUGCAGAAGGUGUUCCACAAUCAUCUCAUCAUACUGAAAUCGACAAGCCCAGAAGCUGUGCAACUGUACAGAGGGACAACAUUGAAAAUCCAGAUCUGCUUUCUAAAUUGGAGAACUGUAGGUCAUCACAUACAUCUGAAGGUGACAUUUUUGAUGCCGACAGAAAGGGCUCUGUAAAUACGAGGGAAAGCAACAUCAUAGAAAAUAUAUUUUCCCUGGAUUUUGAUCCUUUUGAUGAUCCAUUAUCUUCUCCUCAUGAUUUGGUGAAAUUAUUGCUCAAUGAUAGUGACAAAAAAAGUGGUUCGUCAACACAAUCCGCCGCUUGGAAACCUCAAUACAAUAAUCAGUCUAGGUUUUCUUUUGCAAGGCAGGAAGAUUGCAUAAAUCAAUCAAGUGAUAUAAGAACAUUGUGGGGAGAUAGUGGGCAUAUGCAGUCGAGACAUUUUGAUCAACAGGAAACUAUGGAGAGCAGCGAGACAUAUUUGAAUAAAUCUCUAAAUGGUGUUUCUGCCUUGGAGAAUUUUGAUAUUUUCUCCAGCAGCCGCGGUUAUCUUUCUUCUAAUAAGGUUCCUGUGAAUUCUAGAUCUCAGAUUUCAGCUCCACCUGGAUUUUCUGUUCCAAGCCAUGUACCGCCUCCUGGGUUUUCAUCUCAAGAGAGAACAGAUCGACCUUUGGAUUUUACCAUUUCUUCUGCAAACCAAAUACUCGAAAAUAUAUCAACGACAAGAAAUAUAUACACAAACUCACAGCUCAAUGUGAGCCAUGGUAGCUCUGGUGAUGUUGAACUUAUAGAUCCUGCAAUAAUGGCAGUUGGUAAGGGGAAACUGCCUUUAGGAGUAGCGAGAAACCCCACUUUGGAUCGUAGGGCUCCUUUUAUUCCGCAGCCCUCUCCCUUAGAAAAUGAUGCAAGGUUUCAUUUGCUGAUGCAAAAUUCCAUCUCUGCACACCAGCAAAUGAGAUUUCCUGACUCAAUCAGCGACAGCUUUUCAAACCUAACGGACCCUCACCUUUCCUCGAGGUUCUUGGAGCAAAGCCAAGCAGGUCUACUCUCCCCCUUUGCGCAGAUACCAUUCCAAAAUCCAACCAGAAGUUCCCAUGUGGCAAAUUCUCAGUGGGAAGAUUGGAGGGGAGUUCACCCUGUCAGGAAUGGCGGCUUGGUAGAUGUCACCAAGAACGAAAGACAUAGGUAUAGUAAAUACUUUCCAGCCUACGAGGAGCACAAGCUUCACAUGCCUGGUUCAGGGGAUGUCUAUAACAGGGCAUUUGAGAUGUGACUCAAUAUGCUAUUUUUGUGACUUGACGAUUGUUCAGGUCAAGAAUGUGGAGUACAUUGAUGCGUAGUUGCUGCAGCCUAGAUGUGAUCUGCGAUAGUCAAGUGCUGUGUGGUCCUUUGGCGGGGCAGUACUUUUAUGUGUAGAUUGAAGAUUGCUGUUUUGAGUUCAGAUGUUAAAACAGUUUUUUGGCAGCAAAUGCUGGGGGCUCGUUUAAUAUCUGCAGACUUUCUUCAAUUGCUCACAACUUCUUGUUCCCUUCGGGCUUUGGGAUUCGGGGAUUAUGCAGCAUGUCAUCGCAGUUUCAUUUUGAACGGUGUGCCAGCUUAUGUGUGCAGAUCGAGGGACAGAGAAAGUGGAAUUUGUUUCUUGGAGACUAUACAGUGUUCUUGAUGGAGUACCUUGUCGUCCUUUUUUUGGGAGGUUAAUCCACUGCCAUUGCUUAUGCUUGUUAUCAAAUGUAGAUUUUGUACAUGGAUCUUAUAGCUUGUAAUGGAAUUCUCUUGCCUCGCACAUAUGAAAGAUCGAUUGAUAGAUAGAAUGCAGUUGUCCCGAAUCCUGAAUUUUAGAAAAAGAACAGUAUAAUGAGUAGCC